AUGUCGACAACCAUGUUCACCAAUCACUAUGAUGUCUUAGGCGUAUCACGCCAUGCGUCUAUCGAGGAGAUCAAGGUCUCCUGGAGAAAAUUUGCCCUCAAGUAUCAUCCUGACAAGACCAGGGGCGCCAAGACUUAUACCGAAAUGUUUCAAAAGGGGCAGGAAGCCAUCGAGAUCCUCCGGGAUCCUAGUCGACGUUACAAGUACGACAAAGAGCUUGAAGCACAUUCUUCUCACCCUUGGGUCAGCAGCACAGGGGAUCAUCCUCCUCCUCAAACCUCUUCAGUUGACUCCCAGUCGAUGAAUUCGCACUAUCAUCACAGAAACUGGACGGGGCAUCAGAACCGUCAAAACGGAGCCAAUCAAAAGCCGCAAAAUGAGCCAUACAAGGAGGAGAUCCGAGCUCAAGCCAGCCGUGACGUGCGGAAUUCGGCGGCCAGCUUUAACAAAGCAGGCAAAGGGAGUUCGCUAGAGCAGAACUUGGCUACCUAUCCCAACGAUAAAGGUGUUAUGGGUGACACGAGCACCCUCCAUUACAAGUCGACUGAUCACGCGAUUUCUUUUUAUACUUGCGGCCUCCGUGGCGACAGCGACAUCAAUCACCAAGUCUGUACUGCUGCUUCCUCGUGCAGUAGCAAUGGCACCUCGUCCGAGUUGGGCGGAGUGCUUCUCGCUGACUUCGAGACCCCAAAUGAUGACGAAAAGACAUACACUCCUGACACUCUCCGUUCCUCUCCCCCUGUCCCAAAAUGUGACCUGGCAAUUCCCAGCUCCAGCUUCAACUCGGUGAACCCAGAUCAGUUUGCCGGAGGGAGCCACAAUCCUGUCAUCAACAACGAAACGCAAUGGCCACUACGCGCAUUCAUCCCGUACGACAAGGCCAAACUAGACGACCCCAGAGGUCGUUACACGGUCGACGACAUGUAUGAUGAGCUGCAUGGCCUCGUUAUGGAGUCUGUGUAUUCGUGGUUAAAAACCACUGACCUAGCUGGUUCCAAUACCAGCCUAAACACCGCCGCCGAUGCUGGCUCUACUUGUCCCCAUCUCGGCCUCUGGCACAAAGAAAUCGGUCACUCUAAUGUGACAAUUGCCAUCUCUGGCAGCCCUUUUCAUCUUGACUUGCCAGGGUUGCGGUCUGAAGAAAUGUUUACGAAGCAAGUCCGGGGCUUGCUAUUGAGAUGA